GUGACCUGCAGGGAACCCUGCACAGUCCUGCUGGCCAGCACAGCACAGCACAGCUCACUAGGCUGUGACCCCACCCCUGUCCGACAUGCUCAUUUCCAGAACCCCCCCAGUCUUGGGUGGGGGCUGUCUUCGGAUCUUAACCUCCCUGCUGCUUCUGGCUUCUACAGCCAUCCUUGGUGCUGCCAAGACACCUGUGCCCCCAGCCUGUGGGAAGCCCCAGCAGCUGAACCGGAUUGUGGGUGGUGAAGACAGCGCUGAUGCCCAGUGGCCCUGGGUUGUGAGCAUCCAGAAGAACAGGACCCACCACUGUGCAGGCUCCCUGCUCACCAGUCGCUGGGUGGUCACUGCCGCCCACUGCUUCAAAGGCACUCUGAACAAGCCAUCCCUGUACUCUGUGCUGCUGGGUGCCUGGCAGCUGGGGAAUCUUGGCCCAAGGUCCCAGGAGGUGGGUAUUGCCUGGGUGCAUCCCCACCCUGUGUACUCCUGGAAGGAGGGUUCCCGUGCGGACAUCGCCUUGGUGCGCCUCGAGCACCCCAUCCAGUUUUCGGAGCGAAUCCUUCCCAUCUGCCUGCCUGAUUUCUCUGUCCAUCUCCAUCCAAACACGGACUGCUGGAUUGCAGGCUGGGGGACUGUCCAUGAUGGAGUGCCCCUGCCCCACCCUCAGACCCUACAGAAGCUGAAGGUUCCCAUCAUCGACUCAGAAAUCUGUGGUCGCCUGUACUGGCGGGGAGCUGGGCAGGGAGCCAUCACCGAGGACAUGUUGUGUGCCGGCUACCUAGAGGGGGAACGGGAUGCCUGUCUGGGCGACUCCGGAGGCCCCCUGAUGUGCCAGGUCGAGGGCACCUGGCUGCUGGCGGGCAUCAUCAGCUGGGGCGAGGGCUGUGCGGAGCGCAACCGGCCCGGCGUCUACAUCAGCCUGGCCUCCCACCGUUCCUGGGUGCAGAGGAUCGUGCAAGGGGUUCAGUUCCGCGGACACUCACAGGGGAGCGGGCCGUCGGGGUUAAGAAUCCAGGGAUACAGGGCUGCCCGGGGCGCCCCAGCAGCCUAAACACAGGCAGUUUCCUCAGUUGUAAAUAAGCGGUCUACCUCUGGAGGGCUCCCGCGUGCUGGCUCAGGGUCGCUUCCUCUGGGAGACCCCGCCCUCACCCCGCCCCCACCCCCGAUUCAGGUUCCACCCCUGGAGCCGGGAGCGCCUUUGUGUAUAUACGUUCGUGAUUUUUACAGUUAUUUGUAAGCCUGCCUGCACAUUUUAUUUAUUCUCCCAAAUUUCAAUAAAUUAUUAUCCAGGU